AUGCUGUCAUUCGAUACGACGUCAAACAGCUUGGGUAAUAAACCGAUUACCGCCCCGGAUAGUGCUACAAAGCUGGUGGGAACAACGAUCACUAAUGUUAAGAUUACGAACGUGGAGUCUACGUGUUUUCGCUUGCAGACGAAUGACGGGAUGGAGGGUGUGCUCCCGUUCGUGCAGCUAACGGACUUUCCACGCAACACCUUACUAGUGGACAAGGUUGUGAAGCGCUUUAGCGCUGGUGAUGUAAUUGCGGAGCCGUUACUCGUUGUUUCUGAGGAAUCUGAUGGCGUUCUGACGCUCUCAAAGAAACCAUUAUUGCUUGCGUUUGCCUCACACAAUGCUAUUUUGCCACGCACUUUCGAAGACGUGCAGGAAAACGCUGUGCUUAUUGGUUACGUAGCGUCCGUAAACGUCUCAAAGGGUGUGUUUGUGAAUUUUCUGAACAAUCUCGUUGCAGUAGCCCCCAAAGGGUUUUUGAAGGAGCAAUUUGUCGCGCGAAUUGAAGAAGGUAUGUUUGAAAUCGGUGAAACUGUGACAUGCUGCAUUGAGAAGGUAGACAAGGAAAACAAGCAGUUCAUUGUUGGGUUUCAACAGCGCAAAUUUGUGCAGUCUACGAACAGUACCAACAAGGUUCGUCCAGCCUUUUUUCAGGCAUACCUUUGUGAGCAGGCUUGUGUACGUAAUGCUGCUACAGUGACGAAAACUUCGUUUUAUCUUGGCAAGACUGAGAAGGCGGAGUUUGUUGGUGUCCGUCCAUAUGGUGCUGUGUUUGCCUUGGAAAGGGAUGACGAGACUGUAACGGUGUUAGUGCCUACGGUGACAACGGAAACCAAUGAAUGGAAUGAGGGUGACACUGCUAAGCUGCUGCUGACGGACUACGAUUUCAGCAAGAAUGUGUACUACGGCACAGAUGACGAGCUGCUUGUUAAGAAUGGAUUGAAGCGUUCACGUAAGCAAAAGCAGCGUAUUAAGGCAGGGGAAAAGAUAGAUGCUACUGUGCUAGUUGUUGGUUCUACGGAGAACUACGUAGUAGUAUCUUUCCCUGAUCCACACAACUCUGAUCUGCUGCAGUUUGGCGUAGUGGAGCUGUGCGACUUUUGGUGUCCGUCGCAGACAAGUAGCCAACUUGGCAUUGAGGUAGGUGCAUCUCUAGAGUGUCGUGUUGUGCAAUCUUUGCUGAAGAGUGGCUCGAACUCGACGCCCUUUGAUGAUUUGGUUUUACUGGCGCUAGAGGAAGAAAAGUUAGUGGCAAAAUUGAAGAAUGUCUCACACAAGUUAUCGGCCAAGUUGCCUAAGUACACGCAGGCUGAUCUCGUGCUUGGCAACACGCUGACCGGCAUCAUUGCGGGCAUUUCCGAGAAUUCGAUGGAGAUUCGCUUGGCGACAGGCAAGAAGAAGAUCGGUAGAGUCCGCGCGCUCGUGUCUAUUGUUGAUGUCGACGACAUCGAUGAUGUAUCCGGCCACUCGCACCCUUUUGACAGGUACUCUGUCAAUACCACAAUUAGAGGUCGUGUGAUCGCCGUCACUGUGAAGGGAGCCAACAAACACAAGGCUGUCAGCGAGGAAAACCCGGCAAAAUUUCAUGACCUGCAGCUGUCGCUGCGUACAGAGGAUUUGGCUGGUGACGAAAAGGUGAACGACGUGCAGCGAUUUGCUCGCCCGGAUUGGCUAGAAGGCAGCGCGGGUCGUGCAUUACUGAAGGAGGGCAACUCCGUUCAUGGUGUUGUUUUGGAGCAGUCCAUGGACCACUUGAUUGUCAAACUUAGCAGCAAUGUUACGGGCACUUUAAGCUGUAUUGAGGUGUCGGACGAUGUGAAAGUGGUGCGUGCGUUCCAGGACGAAUUUCCUGUGGGCAAGCGUAUAAAGUGCUUUGUGCUCCAAGUUAACGAUAAUAAGAAGGUAGUAGACUUGUCCAUGAUUCGCUCAGCCCGAGACAAGACCGGUAUCAAGCCCGGCUCUAUUGUGAACGGUGUGAUCUCGACCAAAAAAUCGGCCAUUCGCCCACCUUCGAUCAUGGUGCAGCUUGGUGCUCACUCAUUUGGUCGUGUGUGCAUCACUGAGCUUUUGGCUGAAUGGGAAAAUAAGAUGCUAGAGCUGGCUCAAUUUGGAGCUGGUAGGGUCGUGCGCUGUGUUGUGUUAUCAACCACCAGUAGCCAUAUUGACUUGUCUCUACGUUCAGAUGCGCUGGAGAAUCCGUCAGAAUACGCUACGAAGACGUCCAAGCCAGUAGAACGCAACAUAGGUGACUUGGUGCCUGGGAUUGUAGCCACUACUACAACAAGCGGAUGUUUCGUGCGUCUAGACCGUCAUACGACAGCGCGUGUGAUGCUCCGUGACCUCAGUGACGACUUUGUGAAGGACCCACAGACUGGAUUUCCUGUUGGCAAGCUGGUGGCUGGGCGAGUUACGAAGAAGUCGGACCGUGGUCUAGAGCUCCGUUUGAAGACGUCGGUUGUCUCCGAGGAUGUGUCAAUGCUCAAGUGGAACGAUCUAAAGGAGGGUUUGACGAUCAAGGGCACGAUCACGAAGGUGCAAGCAUAUGGCGUUUUCGUUCGUAUUGAGAAGAGCACGAUUAGUGGUCUGUGCCACAUUUCGGAGAUUGCAGACGAGAAAGUGAUGCAGCCGCUGGAUCAGAUCUUCUCGCAGGGCGACUAUGUCAAAGCGAAGGUGCUGAAGGUUGAAAAUCGUCGCGUUUCAUUUGGACUAAAGCCGUCAUAUUUUGCGGAUGAAGAGAGCAGCUCUGAUGACGAAUCUGACGAAGAAGAAGAGGAGGAUGAAGACCUUGAGGAGGAGGAGGCUGAGCGAAUGGAAUUCGACGAAAAGGAAGCUUUUUUCAAAAAGUCGAAGUCAGUGGCAAUGGAAUCUGGCCUGGGUGACGACAAGCUCUUAAGUAAAGACGAGGAUGAGAGCCGUGUGGCUCCAGUUGAGUUUAGCUGGGACGGAUUUUCGAGCGCGCUAAGCAACAAAACAGAAUUGAAGGACGACGGCGCGUCGUCUUCUGAUGAGGAAGAUGAUGACGAGAAGGACAAUCUGAGCUUGUCCAAGGUUGGCAAACAGAAGCGUCUGCAGAGCGAUGAGUGGGUGGCACUGCGGGAGAAGGCUCUUGCGAGUAAUGAGGAGAUUCCUCAGAAUGCGAGUGACUACGAGCGUCUUUUAGCUGUAUCGCCACAGAGUUCCUACCUGUGGAUUCAGUAUAUGGCCUUCUACGUGUCUCUAACGGAAGUUGACUUAGCUCGCGAUGUUGCAAUUCGUGCGACGUCGGCUGUGUCAUUCCGUGACGAAAAGGAGAAACUGAAUGUGUGGGUAGCAUACUUGAACCUAGAGCAUGAUUUUGGGGAUGAUGCGAGCUUCUUGCGCGUAUUUAAAAGUGCUUUGCUUGUGAACCAUCCUAAGCGUGUGUAUCUUCAUUUGGUGGAUUUGUAUGCUCGUGCAGAGGAGCACGAGGACGUGAAACAGAUGCUUACUACGAUGCAAAAGAAGUUUCGCACAAGUAAACAAGCUUGGAUUCGCUCGUUGCAGUAUCUGGUUGGUGAGAAGCAGUUCUCUGACGCUGCGGAGACCUUGCAGCGGAGUCUGAAAAGUCUUGCUGCUCACAAGCACUUGCCGGUGAUUCUUAAGUACGGGCAGCUUUUGUACGAACAGGCUGAACUGGACAAGGCUCGCACGAUCUUUGAGGGCAUCUUGGCCAACUACCCGAAGCGAAUCGAUCUGUGGAAUGUGUAUCUGGAUAAGGAAAUCAAGUUUGGAGACAUUGUUCUUGUGCGCGCGCUGUUUGAGCGGCUAUUGGCUAUGGAAUUUUCAGCUAAGAAGAUGAAGUUUUUGUUCAAGAAAUUCUUGCAAUUUGAGCAGGAGCAAGGUGAUGAGGAUCGUGUCGAGCACGUGAAGCACUUGGCAAAGGAAUUUGUUGCUAGUGCUGCUGCCAAGUAG